GUUGUAGGACACGUAUAAUUUUCUAUCAGCGCAGGGAAUGUGUACGAUACCGUACCAGUGUUGUGCAUAGUGCGCUUCGCUUGUGUAUACUUUGGCUGCAUACUUUGGCUUGCUACGCACGUUUUUUUGUAAUCCAAGAAGUAGUAAUUCACAGAAAGUGCAUUAAGGCAAAAAAAAAUAAUGAGUCACGGUAUGGAUCAUGGCGCACACUCAGGCCACGAUGGCCACCAUCAUGCCUUACCACCAAACUUCACUACAGCAAGCCCCCACACAUCAUCGCCAAUAGCAACAGUCCUAACUGCAGCUUUAGCUGCAACUACAAUGAGUACUCCUAUGCACCAUCCAUCAGCUGAUGCUUCCUCACAUGCCCAUAACCACGGGGACGGUUCCUCCCAUGGCAGCUUGGAUAUGCAUAUGGCAAUGUAUUUCCACACAGGAUUCACUGAGACCAUACUCUUCAAAGACUGGGCUGUCUCUUCUGUUGCAGGAAUGGUUGGCUCUGUGGUUGGAGUUUUCUUCAUGGCUGCCUUGUAUGAGGCCCUCAAGUAUUUCCGCGAGCAUCUCUUCAGGCUGCAUUUCUCCAGCAUGAGCUACUCAUCCGUGUCUGUGACAGGCCGCGAUGGUCGCACUCUGACGGAGGUCCAUCAAAUAGUCAGGAACAGGAUAGUGAGCUGGCCACACUUGCUACAGACUUUCCUACAUAUGGUUCAGAUGGUGAUCAGCUACUUUCUUAUGUUGAUUUUCAUGACGUACAACGUCUGGCUAUGCUUGGGUGUUAUACUUGGUGCCGGGUGUGGCUACUUCAUCUUUGGUUGGAAAAAAGCAACUGUUGUGGAUGUGACUGACCAUUGUCACUAACCAUUGUCACUAACCAUCGUGUUCUGCUCCUGACAGACACUAAGCCCAAUGUAAUGCAUACGCAAUGCCACAUUGUAUACAUGUAUUACUUUAUGUAGUUCCUUAUUUGGGAAACUAUUAAGGCUCAUUAUACCUGUAUGUUCUUUUCACCUACAAGUAUAUUGAAGCGUGAGCAAUGCAGCCAGAUAACUAUAGUGACAAGCCAGAUUAUCUUACAGCUUGUGAUUAUACUUACUUAUUUGGCAAGUGCAGAAAACCUCUAAAAGUGGGCUACUGGCUGUGCAUUUGCUUCGCUAUCAUGUGUUUGAGGGUCUAAUUCUUUUGUGUUUUGUUUUGGCAUCGAUUGGCACAACUGCCGGAUCCUUUGUCAAAGUUUGUCAUCAGAUGUGCUUAAUAGCUAUAGCUACUUGACAUACAAUACUAAAGGGUGCACUGUUACCAACACACAAUUUUCAGAAUGCAGUUUGCUCUCUGUGCUUCAUGCACAAGCAAGGGGGCAGGCUUGAUGAAGGCAAUGUAGAAAGUUUUGUAUCAUUUAGCAUUUAGCUCAUUUUCUUAUACACUGUCAAUGAAUUUAAAUGACUACUCUAAUUAUUUUUUAUGUAGUUUUCUUUCCAGUGAAUUUGUAAAUUUGACAUUGUAAAGUGCUAUGGUCUUUAGGUGAUUUUUAGGAUAGGUAGGUUGUACUUUCAUUAGUGCCACAUGAGAUUUAUUUCACAAUUUAUGAACAUUUUCUUGUCACAGCAUUAUUCUAUGACACUGGAUCUUUUACCACCUUUCUGGUAAACACCUAUUGUGGUUUACAUGAAGCAUAUAUAUAGAACAAGACAUACUGUCUUCAUAGUGCGAUUUCAUUGCCCUAUGUUAACCUGAAGCCUUGCCUUUUUGAACAAUUCAGUUAUUUUUGAGUUUCCACAUGAACAUAACUGAUUUUUGUAUUGUAUAGUGGUGCUGGAUAAAAUGAUAGUUACUCAGAGCCUUGUGGAUACCUAGCCUCUAAUCAUGAGAAUUUUGAUUAAAUAUAUGGUUGAUUCUAAGUUUUAAGUAGCUGAUGUUAUUGCAUGAUAGUUUGCCUCUUUGAGAUUCAUAUUAAAGGUAGUGUUGUUAUUUGGCUCCUGUGUGUAGGCCAUGAAACUGCCAGACUAUAGCUGAGCUUAAUUUGAGUAUUUUAACUGGACUAAAUUCCCCCUUUUUUUCUAACUGUUGCUAAGGGGGAAUUGCUCAAAGUUUUAGAGUCUCUCUGGGGUUUUCCUUAUAACCUUAAACAAAGGUACUACCAUAUUUACUCGCAUAGUCCUUGUACUUUUUUUUCGCGGAAAACCGAUGAAAUGUUGGGGGUGCGAGAAUCAUGUGAGGAAAAUUUUUCUCAAAAAUGUACAAAGCGGGGGGGGAAAAAAACGAAAUGGCCGCAAAUUGGGAUUCUCAUGCCAACAACUAACUGCAAGCUUUGAGAAGUACUAAUCAAGACUUACCUUAACAAUAAAACCACAGGGUAAACAGAAGGAAAGAUUUAUUUGUGACACAAAAGCUGCAAGCAAAUAGUACCAAGUUUUGGAAUACUGUACGCAAAGUCUGCGGGCAUUGCGGGUGUACCGUUGGUGUUCGUCACUCAACUGGAGGCUGUGAGAGUUUAGCGUACGACGGCAAUUUAACACGGAAUGGUCUGCAGUUACAUUCCGAAGAAAUAGUUUUAGGAUCCAUUCCAGUCCUAGGCACACAGAAGGCACAGCGGAUCUCAGUGGUUUUCAGCUGCCCAUGCUGCCUUUGCUGAUAGCACACACAAAACUCACCGACUCCAGAUAGCCUACCGGCGGCGGCCCUGUUGCCGUUGUUUAGUGCAUGAUCAAUCACUUUCAACUUGAAAGCAACCGUGUAGGUUCCGUAUCGCCCCAUAGCGUAACCACAGAACGGACGUACACUAAUACGCUACAACGCGCAAUUGCCACUUUGGCUUGGAUUCUGUUGAGGCUCUGUGCAUUAAUAUUACACAUAAUCCACCAGAGAUGGCACCCAUUUGUUGUGCGCUAUCAUCACCAGGGGUUGAAAGGAGCAGACAACAUUACAGCUCCAACUUUCAAGGGUGUAAUAAUUACUUGUGGGAAAAAAAUAUCCUAUUUUUGUUGGGAAAUGUGGGAGGAGUGUCAGAAUUAUGCGAGUGUGAGGAUUACACGAGUAAAUAUGGUAUAUAGGCAUAUUAUUAUAAAAGCAUGCUUUUUUGUAUUUUUUUAUGUACAUAUGCGUGGGCGGACAGCUCACUUUUCAUUGGGCUUGUUUCACAGCAAAAUGCCACAGAGUGAGCGACGAAUUCUUUUUUUUUUUUUUUCAAUUACUGGUGGCACACGUAAGAAAGUCACAGGCCUAGUACAGACGUAUUCAUGCAAUGUUUUGUUGUAUUGUGAUCUUCUAUUUAGAAACUGCUCAGGUGUGCUCCCAAAGCACUAGCUGGUGUGAUUGGGCAGCUGGACUUACUCCAGGGGUGAGCGAAAUCGUAUUUUGUGAUGAAUCAGCCCAAUUUCAAAGUGCUGGUACACUUUCAAGUAGAUGCCUGUACAUUUGAAACUGUGAUAUAACCUGCAAGGACCACUGUUUUUGCUUAUGUGUAAUAUUGGCUCCUCCUUUUUCGAUUGGGUGUUUUUUUUAAAUAAUGUUGCACCUCUUUAAUAUAAAACUUCGCAGCAGAGAACUGUGCUGACUUGGGGUAUCCUUGCUCGGUGGCCUUGACCAGCAGCUGUGGGUCUGAGCUUAUGCUAACAGUGUAGCUUUUUUCUUCUUGAUGUUUCAGUUUUUCAUAAAAAUCAUGUGUAGUACUAUAUACGUCUAAUUACAUUUUCAACCUUCUUACUCCAACAAUGUAGACUGUCUUUGAUUUAAUGUGAACAUGAAUGUCUGGCAAAAGCCCACUUGGCUUUCUGUUAGUAUGAAACAGUCAGUUUGAACUUAUUUUCCUAUAAAGUGCAUAUAAGGGUGUCUAAACAUAUAAUUGUCAAUUGUUUUGCUGUCUACAUAUCCUGAAAACCCUUUUGCAUUGCAGCAAUAUUAUACAGCUUUGCUUUUUAUUGAAAAUGCAAAGUGUUUUCAGACAUUUACUAGCAUGUCAUAUUAUCAGUCGCAUUGAAGGUUGUGCUUUAUUGGCAUGCUUAUCAUUUAUAGAUCAGAAAAUAGCUUCAAAUGCAGCCAUUCAGGCAUUCAAAGUUUAAUUUCUGCUAGUGAUACCAAGUUUUCAAAUGACAAAUUUUAUUUGUCUGUUUUUGUGUAGAUGUUUAUCUAUGUGCAUGGAUGCAUAUGUGACUUCAACUGCAGUCAAGACACACAUCUGUGGGAGUAAAACGCCAUCAGCAACUCCAAUGUGUUGUAACAAGCUGUGCUUGCUUGGCGAGCAAAGCUAUUUUCAGUACCUGCUUCUCCUUGACAUGUUAAAAACAGGAGUACUAUUUCAGCGCAUGCAUAGUGUUCUGUGAGUCUGCCACUCAUUGUUGACUUGUAAAAUUUUAUUAGAUGAUUUUGGCAGACCCUGAGUUCCUUCUGCAGUCAUAAUAAGAUAUUUGACCAAGUGGUAAGGGAGGUGUAUUAAAAAUGUUAUGUUGGUUGCUCUGUUGUUUUUAUUAAACAGAUUUUGCUUUGACAAAGUGAAACGUUGGUAAAAAA